UUAUAUGUUGGUAGCUGAUUUGCACAAAUGUCAAAUGUUGUGAUGAAAAUUUGAACAUGAUCAAUAAUUAUAAUAAAUGUAGUUAAAUAAAAGAAAUGCCGAAAAUAUGAAAUAAUUGUUAAAAUGCAGGUGUCUAAAUUGUUUAUAAUUGUACUUCUCAUUGUUGUUACUUGCCUCGCUGAGGAGUAUGAUCCUUACAAAAUAUUAGGUGUAUCCAGAUUUGCAAGUCUACAGGAAAUUAGAAAAGUCUACAAAAAAUUAGCGAAAGAAUGGCACCCCGAUAAAACAAAUGACCCGGAGGCGCAAAACAAAUUCGUACAAAUUAAGCAAGCUUACGAACUGCUAUCUGAUACAGAACGACGGGCGCGAUUCGACCAAACGGGCAUUACAGAGGAUACCUAUAAGGAUAGAUUUGAUUAUUCCAGAUUUCAUAGCAAUCCGUUCGAUGACAUACUGCAUCACAGUUAUUUCAAUUUUCAAGAGAAUGAUAUAGCCUUUUUUCAUCGUUUAUCGAUUACCUCUAGACAGUACGAUAAGAUUGUUAUACCAAAAAGUGUACACACCCCGUAUUUGAUACUGUUUUAUACCGAUUGGUGUUUUUCGUGUUUACAAACGGCUCCGUACUUUCGUAAGUUAAUGGAUCAUUUAGAACCACUCGGCGUGGAAUUCGCGACCGUGCAUACCGCAGCCGAACCAAGUUUAGCACGGCGUAUGAAUGUUCACAGCUUGCCUUGUCUUACAACUGUUAUUGAUGAAAAUGUGUACGUUUUUAAGGAUAUUAUUAGUAGCCCACAAAAGAUUAUCGAAUUCUUACGUCACCACUUACCGUACAAGUUGAUUACUACAGUGACUGACAAUAAUCUUGAGUACUUUUUAACUGGAUGGGAGGAUAACAAAGUGCGAGCUUUGAUUUUUGAGCCUCACUCGUAUGUACGCUUGCGGUAUUUAAUUACAGCAUAUCAUUUUCGCCAUCGAGUUUCUUUUGGUUUUGUUAACUCAUCAAACUUGCACCGUGAGUUCCAAGUACCGUUAGAUAUGGACACGGUACUGCUGUUUAACGAAAAUGCCUCACGACCUGUUGCUAGCGUAACAAUGAAAGAAAUUCCUACUCAGACGCUUAACAAUGUGAUUUCCUCGAACCAGUACCUUGCGCUCCCUCGCCUGUCCUCACAGAGCGUACUAGAAUCGUUAUGUCCCUGUGAAUGGAAUAAGCCCAGAAAAAGACUGUGCGUUGUUUUAGUAACAACAGCUUCGGAUAGUCAUGAUCUACAUAGACAAUCAUUUCGGCGUUACGCACAAGCUUCUCCAUACAGCACUGAACGUGUGCGUUUCGCUUACAUCUAUCAUGACAAACAGACUGAGUUUGUUAAUGCCCUUAUGCCAGAUGGCGAAGGUAUAACGCCUCUAUUAAGCAUUGUUAUCAUUUGGAGAAGAGACACAUCGCACGUUAAAUACGAAUGGUUACCAAACAAAUGGGAGAUUGAAGAAAACCUUAACGAUACUGUGUCCAAGCUUGAAACUACUAUUAGUCGAUUAUUAAAAUCGUCAGAAGCGCUUACUUACGAGGCGUUGGUUACCGAUUUAUUUGACGAACACGCCAAAGGUAUAUUUGGACGUAUUGUUACCAAGUUACUCAUUUUCAGCGAGAGAUUGUACGAGGGCUUAAGCAAAGAUCAAAUCCUACCAGUUCUCUCUAUAGUGGGAACCAUUGUUUUUAUAGUCGGGGUAGGAUAUUUUAUGGCUUAUCUUGUGCGCAUAGAGGAAGAAAGUGUGAAGCAAAACAGCAAAGGUAAAGCCGGCGACGGUGACGAUGCUAAUUACCAACCGGAGCUACGUUUGCACGAGUUACGUGCUGAGAAAUACAAUGGUUUGGUGCGCUUAUUGAAACCAGGUUGCAGAACACUCAUACUGGUCCUUGAUAUGCAAUCGCGCGAACAUCUCAUACCACCUUUUCACAAGGCCGUGUGGCCCUACAGAAAAAACAAGACCCUAAUGUUUGCUUACAUGUACGUCGAACGAGGUCUAACCUGGUACAAAGACCUACUACAGCUUUCGUUAUCAGAGGAGCGAGACUUGAAUAUCAAUCCACGCAACUGUGUGGGUACAGUUUUAGCAGUUAACGGCUAUCGAAAGUACUUUUGCAUGUUUCACGCGAAACACGCCGAAUCAAGCAAGAAAAGAUUGGAGAACAAAGCAAGCAAGCCGACAGUUAACGAUGUGGAAGCGGCCGCGUUUAUCGGUUUCAAUUCAGACAGUUCGGAUUCGGACGAAGAAAUUUUACUCGAAGGCAAUUUAUUGGAUGGCUUACCGAACUGGUUAGAUAGACUGUUUGAGGGAACCACGCAAAGAUUUCAUUUUAACUACUGGCCCGAUUUUCCAAAUAAAUAAAAAAUUUCCA